AUGGCAGACAGCCAUCUUCCUCCAGCGCUGAGCGCCGACACUAUCAGUCAACUGAUCGUGUCCUUGGAUCUCCCGGCUCCUACCUCAAUCGAACCUCUUCAAGUCACAGCGGCAUUUCAUUCUAUCUACCUGGUCCAUUUUGCAGCACACACCCCGAUUCAUACAUCGGAUGGCUCUGUGCUUCCAGUCAAUGCAGAUGGCUCGGUAACUCUGGUCUUACGUGUCUCAGGUUGUCGACUCCCUACCAUCAAAACUCGUAAUGAAGUCGGAAUCAUGACAUGGGUCCGUCAAAACACUACCAUCCCUAUCCCCGCUAUCAUUCGCUACGAUUCCACCGAUAAUAAUAUCAUCCGGCAUGAAUUCACUCUCCUUGAAAAGGCUCCCGGGAAGAGUAUCGAUCAGAUUUACGAUACUCUGUCGAUAGAAGUCCGUAAUAAAAUGGUCCACCAAUUGACAGACUACCUGAUCGAGCUUCAUGCGCACCCUUGGGAGAGCUAUGUCGGCGGGUUGACCCUCACGAAUGGCGAAAUCACCCACGGCCCUCCAAUCGAUGAGAAUUUCUGGGAAUUGCCCGAUCUAGAGAAGUACUGGGCGGGAUCCGAGUCCCUUGAGUUGUUGAACCCUAUUCCUUCUCAGGGGUUCAAUAGCUUUGUGGCCUUUACCGUUGCCUGUCUCGAGCGCUAUAUCUACGCCAUUGAAAAGCAUCCGUCACUUGAAUCUUAUAGAGAUCUGAUUCCGAGAAUUCACGCUUUCGCCACAGCUAUUCAGGAACAUGCCGAACAGCUGAACCAGGUCGUCUAUGUCCUCGCACAUAGGGAUCUCCAUUUUGCAAAUAUCAUGUGUGACCCGGAUCAGCCCGAUUAUCCGAUCACCGCCGUUCUGGACUGGGAGUUCAGCAGUGUAGUACCCGCCCCUCGUUGGAAUCCACCGCGUGCCUUUUUAUGGAAUAUGAAAUGGACCCUAGAGGGCAAAGAGGAGCAGACCCGGAUGGAAAAGCUCUUUGAGUCCGUCUGUCGCGAAAAGGGAGCGGGGAAGAUGCUUGAUGAGAUGAACUUGAACCCACUUCAAGAGUCCAUGCAGACUGCAGUGAAUCAUAUUCGAGCCAUUGUGGAGGUCUGUCCCCGCGGCCAGGCUCAACACCGAGUGGGCCACUGGCGUGGGGUAGCCGAGUCGGCGAUGGGGGCCUUUGGAGUCUAA